AUGCGACAAGGCACAUUCACGAGCUCAAUUCAUCCUUGGUGUGAAAUCCUUGAAGCUGCGGCCUCCGCUCCCCCGUCCUUCUCCUACUCCCGACUGAAUUCCUCCUCUCCCCUCCUCACAUCCGGCUCAGCCCGUCUCCUCCCCUCCUCGCUGCGCCUCACCCCCCUUUCUCCCCCCCACCAAGCGGGCCUUGCCCUGCACCCCACGCCCUUCGCCCUCGUCUCUCCAUCCACCCCCACCUCCUCCUGCCGCCCCUACUCCUUCUCCUCCUCCUUCUCCUUCCGCCUCUCCUCCCCCCAAUCCGCUGCUGCUCUCGGGGCCGACGGCUUUGCUUUUGUUCUCCUGCCCGACCCGACCGUCGGGUUGCCCGGGCCAAACAUGGGAUAUGGCAGAAGGCCUUACCGCGGCAGUGGCGUCACCCUCAACAGCAGCCUGCCACAUCAGCACAGCAUGGCAGUGGAGUUUGACACGUCAUCAACUCGUCUGUUUUCGGACCCAACCACUCACCACGUGGGGGUGAACGUGGAUUACAGCAUGACGUCAGCAAGCCAUGCGUCCGUGCACCCCACGAGCAUGCCCUCUCUGGCUGCCAACCAAACGUUGCAUGCGUGGGUGGCCUACAACGCCACCGCCUCGCUGCUCUCCGUGCGCCUCUCCUCCUCGCCCGCCAUGCCCCCCUCCGCCCUCCUCUCCCUCCCCUUCAACGCCUGCGCUUUUUUUCACAAUGCUUCGGCGAACGGCGGGGAGGCGGAGGCCGUGCUGGUGCAUGCGGGGUUUGCAGCCGGCACGGGGCUGCUGCCGCUGCACACUCAGACGCACGACAUCCUCUCCUGGGCCUUCCACGUCGACACUAAAGCGCCGGCGCCUCUCCCCGUGUGGCAACCGCCGUCGCUCUCCUUGCCCUUCCUCACGCCAGCAGCCCCCUUCACUGCCUCGGGUGCAGCUCGCCUCGGCUUCUCCUCGCUGCAACUCACCCCGGGCAACCAGGACCAGGAGUCAGGUGCCGCAUUCUUCCCCCUCCCCCUGCCCCUGCUCUCGCUCCUCCCCGCUCCUCCGCCUCGCAAGGGGAGGAAGCGCACAAGGGGAGUGGGGCUCUCUAAGCCCUCUAAUGACCCUGUGGUGUGCAGUGCUCGCUCCUUCACCUCCUGGUUUGCCUUUGAGCUCAAGGCGAGUGGCGGUAAUGGCUUUGGGGUCGUUUUUGUGAUCAGUACUCGGCCAGGGGUGGGGCAAGGAGGGGCAGGUAUGGGGUAUGGGAGCGACGCGCAAGGUAGAAACGCGAAUGGGACGUGGGCGGACGGAGGGAGGAGUGUGGCAGUGAUGUUUGAUGCCUUUAGCGGCAUUGACCCUAACCAUGACGUUAACAAGGAUAUGGCGAUUCUCUCCGUUCACACUGACUUUAACGUGACUCAGCGGCUUGCAUUCUCUGCUCAGGGAAAAUACGUGUCACCCUCACUGUACAGCAUGAGGGUGGACUAUACGGCUGCCACUAAAACACUAGAGGCAGUGACUUAUAACGGCGCACAGAGGAUGGGUAACGUGAGCUUGACUCUUGACCUCACUGACACCUGUGCGCCCGGCGUGUGUCUCGAGAGCUAUGAUGCCUCCUCCUUCUGCCUCUGCCCGCCCGCCUUCUUCCCCCUCGACUACUCUAACCUUCUGAGGCGUCCCUGUAACCCAGUGAGAAAAUCUGCUGUUCGAGUACCAUUCUUCCCAGCACCCCCCGGCCUCACAUGCCCUCUGCUGCUCGACAUCUUUGACCUCUCACCUCAAGAGCUGCUGGAGAGCAACCAGGGCCUGGCAUGCCACAAGCCCAUACCUCGUGGGUUGACAGUCAACGUGUCGGCAUCUGCUAAUAAGAGCUGCACCAGCAUGUAUACCAUUAACCAGAACAAGGCCAGGUACCCCUCCUCCCCGGUGGCAGCCUGCAACCUCUAUAAGACUCUCGACCCCACCGCGCACACGUGCCAGCAGCUCGCUGUGCUCCGCCCUGGAUGGCACGUCAUGAGCAUCGCAAAGCUCUUCCGAGUCAACCCCGCUCUCUACUUCGACCACCUGCUGCCCAAUGCUGCUGGCUGGACCGACUCUGUUGUCGAUAAGUGUGUGACUAAACGCUUCUACCUCGUGAAGAGAGGAGACACGUGCGGCAAGCUAAUUGCGUCUCAAUACAAGCGGAAAGUGGACCUUUUCCGGUCACUCAAUGACGGGUUUGACUGUACUGUCUCGUCGUUGUGGGUGGGGAUGCAACUGUGCUUACCAUAA